AUGACACCGACAGGCAGGGCAGUUCACGCCUAUUCUGUUCUUCCUCACAUAUAAAACCACUCAUCCUCAGCUAUGCUGCUCAGAGGAAGCCGAACUCUUCAGUUUAUUCGACCAUUUCACUCGACUCUAACUGCAAACAUGCCUAUUAAGGUUGGAGACAGUCUCCCGGCUGUGGAGGUCCAGGAGGGAGAUCCAGGCAAUACAGUCUCUAUGGCACAACUUUUCAAGGGGAAAAAGGGUGUGCUGUUUGCAGUGCCAGGGGCUUUUACUCCAGGGUGCUCCAAGACUCAUCUGCCAGGAUUUGUAGAAGAUGCUGCAAAACUGAAGAGCAAAGGUGUACAGGAGGUGGCCUGUGUGUCAGUGAAUGAUGUGUUUGUCAUGGCUGCAUGGGGCAAGGAACACGGAGCAGAUGGCAAGGUACGCAUGCUGGCAGAUCCCAGAGGAGCUUUUACUGCGGCAGUGGAUCUGUUUCUGGAUAACGAACAUCUUUUUCAAGUUUUGGGUAACAAGAGAUCAAAAAGAUAUGCCAUGGUGGUUGAGGACGGUGUGGUAAAGAAGCUCAAUGUGGAAUCUGAUGGCACUGGUCUCACCUGCAGUUUAGCCUCCAGCAUCCUCUCAGAUCUGGUUUAGAGCACAAACUUCAAGCAACCCAAUCAAUCAAAGCUAUUGCAACCUGUACAACCGUCAAGCUCAAUUAUACUUCUUCUAAGCCAAAACAAAAAACUGUUCCAUAAGCGGCGAAGCAAUAAAAAAAACUUUACAGCACUGACGGACACUACUUCAGUUGUAGACUAUGUUAAGAGAAACCGUUUUAGCCUGAUACCUGUAAAGACAUUGAAAAACCAACUGGAAUUUAUUCUUGGCGCACAAUGUUGUACUGUAACGCUGCAUCGCACAAUGCUGUUGCUAUAGCACUCUAUUCUUUACUUCUGCUGGAUCCUCAAUAAAUGCUCUUGAAACUCA